UUGGUGAAAGAAUAACAGUGGAAUAUAACAAUAAUGGCAAAUGUGAGAUCAUAGUUUGAAGUUUGCCUUAACAGUUAUUUAUAACAACAUUUCCUUUAAGUUUAAUUAUAAGUUUGUAACUGUAGUAGUAGUAGUAUUACUAUUAGUAACCCUCGGACUCGGAGCCAGGAAGGAUAUCAUUCUCCUGGAACACGAGCGUGGAGAAGAGGUACCUGAAUGAUAGAUAUUUAGAAAAUUUUGAGCAUGGGUAAUACACUGUGUGAAGAGAACAGUCUUGAAGGAUUCUCGGUACAGGAUAUUUUAAAGCCUGUUUCUGAUAACAUGUGAAGAGCUAGAAAUAUGCCUGCAGUGGAAGCUAAAACUAUGAAUUGUUCUGUACUCCUAAGCUUACACUAUGUUCCUACAGUGUGGGAAGCCAUUGAUGCAUUUGGAAGUAUUGGAAGUAUUCUGAUGGGUGUCACAGGAAUAACAACCUUAGCAGUAUUGGCCUUAUUUGUUAAAGAGUCCAUGUAUCUUCUUCAACACUGGCCUUUUCAGUACUGUUUUCUCACAUUGCUGUGUUUGAAUGCUUUUCCAUUUGCUGCGGGUGGGUUCUUCGUUUCUAUGAUUUUUCCCAGAUUAGCAGAAGUUUCAAAGUCUUUAAUACUCCUUUACCUCCAUGCCUCUCUUUUGAUGUACUUCAGGCUUGUAAUCGCCUACGGUGAUGGUGAUAAAAAUAUGUUACGAAAGCUGUAUGGAAGAGAGAUGGUGUUACAAGGCCCUCCAUUAUGUUGCCUGUGUUUCUGUUGUCCCAAAGUUCCAUUAACAAGGAGAAAAUUUUAUUUUGUAAAACUUGCCAUUUACCAAUUUGCUGUUAUGCCUCUGUUGCUAACAGUUAUGAAGUGCAUUGGAAUAGAAUAUGGUUUCAUCACUCAAGGAUAUAACCUGUCUCCAUAUAAUGCAGCACUGUACAUCUCUACCAUCAGUUCUGUGUCUAUAAUGUUUGGUGUGUAUGGCUUGAUGGUUUUCAGUAGGACAGCUGCUGCCCCAAUGAAAGAUUUCAAAAUUAUUCACAAGUUUACCGUACUGCAAGCCAGUUUCAUACUUAUUCGUAUUCAGCUCAUCAUUUUUGAUGUAGUUGGACAAGCAGGAGCAUUUCCAUGUUUUUAUCCAAUCUCUUCUGCCAUCACUGGGCAUUAUAUAAGUUCUGCUGUUAUCAUAACAGAAGUUUUCAUAUUAGCUCUGAUAGCACAUGUAGUUUUUCUCCAUCCUCCCCCAUACAUGAUACAUCUAGUGGUACCCUUAGCCAACAGCAACUCACCUGGGUCUCAGAUAGUGGAUUUGACCAGUUAAGUAUUAAAUGGAAAAGGAGUCGACCGGCAUUAUCUAGGUUUUAUAUAUAUAUAUAUAUAUAUCCUUUGUAUUUUUUGAAAAACUUUGCCUUAGCAAGACAAGUAACAUUUUAAUUAUAAACAUAACAUUCUAAAACAGUGUGAAAAGCUGGUAUCAAAUGUUGAAUCUCUUUAGCUAAUUACUUAUGUUUUAACUACAGCAUGAUCAAAUAUGUAUAUUAAAAAAAAUGAUUAAAAUCAUGUAAGGGAAAAGAAAAUAUCUUGUCACUGUUGUGGCCAAACAACCUGCAUUUAGUCCUGGACGAAACACUGACCACAUGUUUCUUUUUCCAUUACAGCAUUCUUUGUUUUUUAUAUUUCUGUUUGAUUAAAGAAAUAUUUGAGUGCAUUCAGUUUUCAUGUUCAGGAAAGAAAGUCACCAUUGAAUAAUCAGUAUAGAAAAGAAGGGUAUUUGAUUUUGCAUUAAAGUUAGAACUCUGUGUAAUAUAAAAAUUAUAGUUAUAUUUACAAUAAAGUCAUAAGAAAUGUUUUUAACCAUUACAAUCAGAAAUCAACCUAAUAAGUUUACAAAUGUAUGGUUUAAUGACAAAUUUCAAAUUCAUGCUAUGUUUUUUUUAAGAUAUUUGUUGUUACUAGUCUUUCUCAGUAGUUGUUUUUAAUUUUUUAACCCACGUCAGCACACCUAGGGUCCACGUGAACCCCAAUGGCUUUCUUGGUUGUGUAUCUUUUUACAUAAUCAUUAGAAAUUUACAUAAAUUUAUGUAAUUGUCAAGCAUGAACCCUGGAUCAAUAUGACACUAUUGUUUUCAAAACAGGCAUAUGGAGUACAUAGCUACAAUCUAAUAUUUAUGUGGGGUCCAUGCGGACCUCAUAUUAUCAUUGACCAUCACUAUAUAUGCAGUUUGCCCUAUAGCAUAAGAAACAAAUUUCUAAGCGUGUACUUUACCAUAUAGGCUGUUUUAGUGGAUAAUUCAUCAAAAUAGUACAGUAUCAUCUCGUCUUAUAAUAUCAUUGUAGUAAACGUGUAUGUACAUCUCAUUCCCCAACAAGUGUUCUCUAUGAUGACUGCUUAUGAUGCCUAUUUUAUAGAAACCUUGUUUGAUAAUUGUUGUAAAUGACCUGCUUAUUGGAUUUUCAAUCCAUAGCCUCCUAUAAGAAUACAUUUGUGUUGAGAUCCAAGGUGACAUCACAACAUAUACUUUCAGUUUUUUUAUUAGUUGAAUUUUGCAGUAUUGUGGUAGUCUUAUAUAUAUUGGUGGAUAAUGAUUUGAAUACAGGAGUAUAAUAAAACUUUGGCAUUUUUUUGAUACAUUGUUUGUAUAAGGAAUGGUUUGAUUCUACUUACUUGUAUACUGAUGAACAAUGUAAUUUUGUAAUUUCUUGAUUUGUCAACGUAUUUCCUCUAGAAUACAUAUAUUUUUAUGUUGUUCACAUUGCAUGCUAACUCUAAUAAAAGUUGUAAUGCAAUUGGUUUUUGGAAUUUCAAUCCAGAGCUUACUAUCAUGGUAAUUUAGUGCUAGGGUCUGGUUUGGCCCCAGGUGUUCCACAAUGUAACUUUUCAAAGGUGUGCUGAUGAGGGAUAAAUAUGUAGACGUUUACUUUUUAAGUACUAAGCCAUGAAAAGAUCAUGUAUAUGAAUAUGAUCUUUUGUAUUUCCUUAGUUCUUCUAAUCAAGUUAUCCUAGUUUUUGAUUUUGCAACAGAAACUAUUUAGUCUUUAAAUUCUUGGAAGUGACCACUCAUACAGAAACAUAUCAUUAACUUAGUUUAGAUUGACUAUUGUGUAACAACAAGAAGUUUAUAUGGAUACAAGUUUUACUUGUGUAUUUAUCUAAUAUCAUUAAUUUAUUACUAUGUUUGGGCUGUGUAGUUUUAUUAUGUUAAGUUAGAACUCUAAUUCUCUAAACUAGCAUUGUGUAUAGUACAUUUUAAGGACAAAUAAUUUAUAACCUUUUAAAACCCUUGUGCAAUAGACUUACUGAAGUUAUUUUGUAGCUUAUGUGAACAAAUUGAAGGAUGAUUUUAUUUUCAAAGCAUCAUGAGAAUAGUGCUGAAGAGUUAUUUUCAUGUGACUUUUGUUACUCAGUUAAUCCAAGUACCAAAAAUUAAUAUGAAUAAAUAACAAAACAACUAACAGAAGUGUCAACAGGCUGUGAGAACUUGAGAUUGAUACACAAACAAAUCGCAACAGGGUUUGUCAUAUUGUAGUAUUAUUUUAAAACCAUGGCAGUUUAAUCAUAUAAAUUGAGAAAACCAAAUAAGCUGUUUAAUCUUCAUUAUUUAUAAGGAUCAGUAUCGAUGGUACUCUGCUAAAAAUUACAAUAUUGUUGUUUCAGAGACCACCUCAUCUUAUAUUUUUGUUAGCUUUGUGGUAAAUUAGUUGGACUGGUCAUGGUCAUUUAUGUUGUUCUAAGAUGGUUGUUUAGUAGGAUAUCAAAGCCUAUGUAUGAGUUUUAUAUAAGCUAGAUAUGAGAGAACAUUUGUAUGUAACUCAGUAGAAAAGCUUGCACCCUAAAAAAGCCUGUUGGUACUAUUUUCAUGAUGCUAUUGAAGUAAAUUUGUAACUAUUCUAGUAAUUUUCCCAUAACGAAUUUGGUUUAACAAGUUUUGAUUAAUUUUUUAAGUAUCAAAACUUAUGACUAACUUUUCUCUAAUUUAAGUUUAAUAUUUUUAAUCAGUAUAUGUAGCAAAGAGUGUUUGGGAUUCUGUGGAGUAAUAUAAUAUUAGUACUUCAGUUAAUGUAUAUGAUUAGAACUUAAGUUUGAGCUUGGAAAAGAUUUAUUUGCAUUUAAUCAUCGUAAGUCAUCGUUCUCAUGGGUACAGCAUAAACAGCUGUCAAUAACAGUUAAUUUUCUGUAAGUGCUAACCUUGCCCAUUUUCUUAGAUUUUUAAAUAGAUAAAAAUAUCAAAUAUGAAAAAGUUUAAACUUUAUUUCAUCCAAAUAUUUUUACAUUUCUUUCAUAUAUAAAUAGAUAUAUAUGCCACCAAGCUUUAAAUUGUUAAGCUCAUGACAUCAUCUUUAUUAUCUUUUUCAGAUUGUAAAUAUGAAUGUUUCAUUCACUGCAUUAGGGUACAUAAUGGUGGCAAUUUAGUUUUGAUAUCGUGCUUCUGAACGUAGAUAUAAAUAAAUAUAAUUUGGUAUUGUGAUAUUUAUAUACAUAUAAGUGUGAUGACAUAAUCUAGUUACUUGAUACAAAUACAAUCUAUUCAACUUCUUAAGAGAUAUUAGAGAUGUGACUCAAAUUUGAUAACUUGUGCUUUAUUAUAAGUGCAAAUGUUUUUGAGUUAAUGUUAUAUUCGAAAGUCACAUUUCAGUCAUUAUCUAAUUUCAAAAUAUGAAAGCCUAGCUUAGGCAAAUGCUUCUUUGUUAUCCCUCAGAACCAUUUGCCUAAGCUAGGCUUUCAUAUUUCCUACUACCACCAUAAUUCAAACUGUAUAUAGAAACCCCUAUUCUUAUAUCCAAUCCUGAUCUCCAAUAUUCUCCUCUAAUCUCCUUUUAAAUUCCUUUAAUGUUACAACCUUCAAAAGCAUCAGAAGCCCAGCUAUUUAGUAGGCCAGAGGUCUCCAAUAGAUAGCUCAUGGGCCACGUUGGGCCCUCAAAAGUCUGAUUCAUGGCCUCCAUUAUUAUCAAACACUGCAUUGUUAACUACUGUAAUUAUCAAGAGUAAACAAUGAUGUAUUCCACUGCAAUAUCAACCUGGCCCAGCCCUUGGCUUUAUGGUCAUCAUCUGAAGUGACCCAGCAUGGAAAUUAAUUGGGGGACAAUCUGUUUGAAAAAUAACACUUUCUUUACUGUAGUUGUGUCUGAGUUUUCCAACUCAACAUUUUUCCUAAUGUGAGAUGACCAAAAUUAAAUUCAUUCCAACUGAGCACCUGAUAUAGUGAACUGGUUUACCAUGUUAGUGAGAUGACAAUCUAAUUAUCAUGUUGCAAUUAACAGAUACAAAUACAUUUCAUUCAAUUUAUUAAGAUAUAUUAGAAUAAUAACUAUAA